AUGUCUCGAUAUCGUGGCGAUCCUCGAUACUCUGACGGCAACCUUGCCUACCGCGAUCCUCCUCCACAGCGCUGGGACACUGAGCGCUUCGCUCGGGAGCGAGAAGUCCGUGCUCCUGCUCCUCCGGCUCCUGACUACCCUCCUCGCCGCGCUCCCGUCUACGAAGAACAGCGCUACUACGAGGAAGACCGGUAUGGCCCUCGAGGAGCCACCGAGCGCCGGUAUUUCGAGGAGACCGACUACUAUGAUCCCCGCGCGCAACGUGGUCAGAUGGUGCCCUACUCUCCAGAGAGGCCAGCGAGACCGGAUCCGAUUCCCCGACCAGGCAUCAUCCGGCGACAAUCCAGCUUGGAUACUUUCGACCGCCGGCCAGCGAGACGAUUUGACGACUACGACGAGCUCAACAGUUCGCGUCGAGCCCCUCCUCCCCGAGAAUUGAUCCCUGUCCGAGCGCCUUCACCCCGCCGAUAUCCGCGAUACGAUGAGAAGUACUACGAUGAAGUCAGAGUCCAAGAUCCAGAUCAUUACGGAGACGAUGGCUUCCGCGAGUAUCGCGAGCGCGAAUGGGUGAGGGAACGAAAAAGGAACAGCCCGUCUCCUGACCGCCGCACGGUCAGAGAAGAAAUCAUCGAAGAACGUAAAGAAGAGAUCAUCGAAGAGAAGCCCUACCCACGGCGUGGCAAAACACGCAUGCCGAAGAGACUGGUACACACGAAAGUGCUAUUUGAUCUAGGAUACCCGUACUACGAAGAGGACGAACGUACCAUCAUCAUCGAAAAGGCUCUUGGUCCUGACAACAUUGACGAGGUCUUCACCAAGAGUAAGGAAUACCGAGAGAGGGAAGUUACCACGACUCGCCUGAUCGAAGCUCCGCCAGUCGUGGCGUCCAAUCCAGCACCCAGCAUGCGAGCGCCCAGUGUCCACGGCGGUGAUGUGGUGUUUGAGAAGAUGGAGAAGGUCGAGAGGAUCGAAACCGUUCCGAUUGCAGAUGCACCUCGAUCGGUGCGCGAUUGGGAUGGCCUGUCCGUUAGGUCGCCGUCUCCCAAGGCACACCGAUCACGCUCCCGGAGACGCUCCCGGCGCGGCUCUUCUCCAGGAGAGAUUGUGAAGGAGACUGUGGUGGAGAAGAAGGAGGUUAUCCGCGAUGUUUCGCCUGCCCGAACACAUCGCUCUCACGGCACGUCUCAUCGUCGGGGUUCGUUCGACAGCGACGAUGCCACCAUCAUCGAGCGAAGAGUCACCCGUGACGAGUUUGAAGAUUCAAACUCGGUCCAUGUCGGGCCUCUGGCCUUAGUGGUCGAUCGCAAGCCUCAACGGAGCGAGCGCAACAUCAAGGAAGAGAUCCGCAGACUCGAGGCGGAGCGCCGAGAACUAAGGCGCGAAAGACGCUACGAGCGCGAGGGCGGCGAGAUCGUCAAGAUUGAACGUGUUCGCGAGCGGACACCAUCCCCCCGCGGCGAGGUCAUCAUCGAGAGACGUGGCGAGGAAGUCUUGGAAGUCAAGAAGGACCGGAGAGGUAGGAUGUCGCUGAUCGUCAAAUAA